AUGAUUAAAAAAAAAAAAAUAUGUGAAGAGCUUUUUAUAAAAAAACAUUAUAGAGAGAAAAGUGGACGUUAUGUGGUACGCCUACCGUUCAAAGAGCCACCACCUGCUGUGAACGACUCCUAUCAAGUAGCCGUUAGCAGAGUGAAGAGGGUUGAACGAGCUCUCAAAGGACAACCAACCUUGUGGUCAAUGUAUAAGGAAUUUAUGUGUGAAUAUGAACAUUCUGACCAUAUGAAAUUAGUUCAACCAGGUGAGCAACAACCUCUGAUUUAUUUGCCACAUCAUCAUGUGUGUCGAUUGGCCAGUUCUUCUACCAAACUAAGAGUUGUUUUCGAUGGAUCAAGUAAGAUAGAUGAUGGGUGCUCGCUUAAUGAUCGACUAUAUCGUGAUCAUAAAUUGCAAAAAAACAUUGUUGAUAUCAUCACACAUUUCAGAUUUCUCGCCAUUGUGUUUACCGCAGAUAUAUGUCAAAUGUUCCGGCAAAUACAAGUUGACAGGGAGGAUCAGCAGUUUCAAGGUGUUGUAUGGAGAGACGAUCCAUCAAAACCUAUACAGAGCUACAGACUUGCAACAGUGACAUAUGGAUUGAUCACCUCACCAUAUCAUGCCUUACGUGUCUUAAAAUAA